GCUUCGAUAUUUCGAUGUGAGCGCUCGAGUAUAUAUGUCGAUGUGCAUUUUCUUUCCAAAAAAUCACGUAAUAACAUAUACCUGAGAGUAAGGUAGUAGCAUUCUAAAGUUGACUCAGGAUUAAAACGAACAUAUUUUCAAUAGUAAUUUCUACGAAAAAUUCCAUCGGAAUUGGGAGCUUAAAAUUGUUUAUGUGGUUUAUGAUUGGAAAAUUUGGUAAAAAAUCCAUAAUAAUCGAUUCAAUCGGCAAAAUUUUGGAAAUCAAUGUGCAGUUGUUAGUGUCAUAGAGCAAAAGAGUGAGAGCGAGCGAGAAAGAACGAGCGAGCCAUUGGGAAAGAGCCACUAUUAGCGACAGUGUGUUUUCUGUGUGUGAUAAAUCGAUACAUGGAGAUACGCAUAAAUAUGUGUAUACCAUCUCCAUACUGAACAUACCAACAGCGACACAACAGUGAGCGAGACAGAACGAACGAAGAAAGCAAACUCAACACACGUCCAUCGUGUGGAUAAAACAGAGACGAAACGAUUCCGAAAAAAAGACAAUUGACGUUUGCGCUCUGCAAGCAGAUCCCGUAGUAUAUUUUCGAAUGGCGAUGAAUGUCGUCGUAUGAAAAAAGAAUUCUUUUUUAUACAUACUCAAAAAGGAAAGUUGGUGAUUAAUCCGAAAAUUAUAACUUGCACGCGCAAUAAAACGGACGGACAUUAAUUGUGCGUUUCCUUUUCGUCGACGACGAUUUUGGUUUUUUUUUCUCCAUUUUUUACAAACGUGAAAAAUUGUUCGCGAAUUUUGUUGUACACAUAAAGAAAUUUCCGCUCAGAACUGGAACUUGGCUGGAACAAAGGAAAAAAAAGGUGAUUUUUCUUCACGCGUGUUUGGCAGAGUAGUGUUAUGCGCUUUCGGGUCACAUAUCGCAAAACAAUAACACAGCAGCAACCACAAUAAGUCAAAAACCAUUUUGGUCGUAGAGUACGAACAAGAGUUGAGUGAAAAAAAAAUCCAAAGCGAAAAAUUGAACAAGAAAACAUUUGACAAAAAGAAUAUAGAAAAAAAAGAGCACAAAUAAAUCAGUGAAAAAAUGGCGUCAGUAUCGUCGUCAUCGUCGUCGUUGUUAAUUGAACGCAAAUGUUUGAAAAGUCGAUUAUUUCCCACGACGCCAGCGAUUUGGUGUGCAGUUAUUUUGUUGCUGGCCAUUACAAAUGGCUGCCGCUCCAUUAAAUUUGAAGGUGAAAAUUUUGGUAAAAAUAAAGAACAUAUCCUGGAAGCAUCAUAUCACGGAUUAAUCAAAGAGAAUGAAACGUUUGUUGAAUUGACGCCUGUAAUUAAAGUGGACGAGACGCAAGUCUGUGAUUUUCGUAUCAUCAAAAAAAGCAAUCAUGAAAUACCGUUUGAAAUUGAGUUGGUCGACAAUUUGGCCGUGAUCAAAGCAACAAAAACGCUCAACUGUGAAAAGCAUAUAAUUUAUCGCUUUGACAUUGUGGCCAUCCUGUGCGAUGGCUCGCACUCAAACACAGCCAGUGUGCAUGUUGCCGUGAGCGAUAUUAAUGAAUAUUCGCCCGUGUUCUCGCAACCAUCUUACGUAAUUGAAGUGGAUGAAGGACGUUUAUACAAGGAGAUUAUUCGUGUUGAAGCCACUGACCGUGAUUGCUCCCCGUUAUUCGGUGACAUCUGCAAGUAUGAAAUUCUGACGGGCGAUUCGGUCGAUCAUCUGCCAUUUUCCAUCGAUAAAGAGGGUAUUAUUCGCAACAAUGCACCACUAUCGCAAAAAGCAUCACAAAACCACAUUCUGUCAGUGGUUGCCUAUGAUUGUGCAAUGAAACAAUCGACUCCAGUUAUGGUAAACAUUCAUGUGCGACGUGUGUGUGAGGCUCGCAUCAAUAAUGUACCCGAUCACAUCAACUACACGACUAGCGUUUCGACUGGCGUCGAACUGUUUCCGAAAAUUAAUUUGGAAUUGUGUCACUUGCAAUGCCCCGACACAAACAUUUUUAUCCAAUCAACUGUUCAUUUGAAAACCAAUCACAUUUCGUACGGUUGUGACCGCGAUGCAGAUAAAUGCUUCCAGCAAAAUAAUGUGGUCGAUUUAUUGCCCAAAUUCAGCCAAUGGACAAAAGAUUUAACAUACGAUGAAGGAGGCUCAGACGCUGUAUUCCAUUUUGAUGGCAACUCGGGUGCAAUUGUACCGUCAAACACAAUUUCGCAUCAUGAUUUUGCCCUACGGCCAUUCAGUAUUAGUACGAUUUUCCGGCAUCACAGCAUUGCCACUAACGAUAAACACACAAAGGAGCACAUUAUUUGCAGUGCCGAUGAUCACAAAAUGAACCGCCACCACAUGGCGCUGUUCACAAGGAACUGUAGAUUGAUUUUGUUGUUGCGCAAAAAUUUCAACGAGGGUGAUUUGAACAUUUUCAGUCCAGCCGAAUGGAGAUGGAAGAUUCCAGAGGUGUGCGAUAAUGAAUGGCAUCAUUAUACUGUUAACGUCGAUAUUCCAAAAGUGGAAUUGUACAUAGAUGGCCGGAAAUUUGAUGCUAUUGUCGAGGAUCGUCAUAGCAAUCCAGAGGUUAUUGAUGAUUGGCCAUUGCAUGCUGCACAUGGUGUUAACACAACAUUGGCUAUUGGCGCUUGCUAUCAAGGCUCCGAAAAUCGUUUGAAGCAUGGUUUCAACGGUGACAUUGCCGAAAUUAAAGUGGCUUUACAAUCGACACUCACAGAAGAUGAAAUCCGUUGUACAAACGAAUGUGCUGAACAUUUGGUCGUACCGUCCGAGCAUCUAUUGGAGCCAGCUCAACAAAUCCAAUCAAAUGCCCAGCUCAGCGAAAUCAUCAUUGAGGGCAAUAAUCAAACCAACGUUGAAAAACUCUUGCAAAAUAUUAUGUACUUGAACUCAAAGGAGAUUCCAACCAUCGGCCGACGCAAUAUUGAAGUGAAAACCGUUGUUAGUUGCCCAGGUAAAAAAGCCAUUCGCUUGCCCACCGUUGAUACAUAUUUGAUGGUGAUGAAAGAUGAAACCGUUGAAGAGCCAUCUACAUUGUCUCCAAGUGACAUCCAAAUGAAUGCCAUUCCAGACAGUGACAAAGCAUUGACCAGCGAAGAGAAGCCACAGAUUUUGAUCACUGGCAAACAAAAUCACUUAGUUUCGUAUCAAGACAUCAAAGAAGGUGUUCAUAUUUUGGCCAACGUCAAUAUUAAUGUUAUGAGCGGCGACCAAUUGCUAUCACAACUUCAGAAAUUGGACUCAUGUGUGGUGACUGUGUUCCCCAGCUUAAAUCCCGAUCACGAACAAAUUGCCAUACCAAAAAUGGAGAAUCUAUCGUCAACGCUCGACAUCAAGACAACCAUCACAAAAGACGGCGUUGAAAUGAUUGGCUUCGAUUCAAUUGUCAAUUAUCAAUCGGUAUUACAAUCGCUGGUGUACACCAACAAGAAACCAGCUUACUACUUGAAUCGUGUGUUCAAAUUGUCUUGUUCGCAAAUGAAUUCGCGAUUCCAUAGCGCCGAGUAUACCAUGACCAUUACCGUGUUGCACCCAAAACAAAUGGCAACGAGUGCACCGAAAGAGGCAACCAAGCAGCCAGUAUCCGCUGCUGCUGCGGUCGCUUUUGAGCAAUCAUCGCAUGAUCCAUACGUAUUUGCUCAUGCAAUGAUCCACAAUCAUGAUGUUGAGGAGCCAGCCAGCCGCACGCAUGACAUCAACAACAUGCGACCACACGGUUCACUUCAGUCCACUCUAUUGAUUGCCGUGAUUGGCGUUAUUUUCGUGAUUUUCGUUUGUGGCAUCAUCAUUGCACGCAUCCGUUCCGGUGGCGAUAUGCGUAGCGAAUCCGUACGCAAACAUGACAAACAUAUUCCUGCCAAACUGAACACUGAUCCACAACUUGACUGGGAUGAUUCAGCGCUCACCAUUACAAUCAAUCCCAUGCAAAAUUGUAACGUGUCCGAUGAAAGUUCGGAAUCGGAAAAUUCCGAUUCGGAAGAUGAGGAAAUCACCACAAAUGGACGAUACCGAAAUGUUAGUCAAUUGGAAUGGGAUAAUUCAACCAUUUAAACAUUCGACGGAUCAAUUACCACCAACACCACUACUAACCAUCCAGUCGACUGAAUAUGAUGGAAUCCCAAUAUGCAGAAGCGCUACCCCACUCGAUGUACUUACAGGAACAACAACAAAAAAAUAUAAUAAAUGAAAAAUAAUGAAAAAAAAAA